UUCAAAUCGAAAGUAAAGUGGAUGAGGAAAUAAAAUUAAAAAGUCACACGUACAUUCUUUCGUCCUUCUGUUGCACUUUUUCUCACUUUCGCAUUUUUGUUUUUCUUAGUUAAAAAAAAACACAUUCCCAGUCUGUCAUGCCCCAAAGCUCCGUGUUGAAGAUAAGUCCCGAAAAUGCAGCGAGGGUGCAAACCUUCCACCAGGCCUUGCUGAAUGAGGCAAACAAUCUCUUCUCCACUGCCAUCCCCUCCAAGAUCCUCCAGCUGGAUGCUCUGCUGCGGGAUGUCUGUGUGACGGACAUGUCGCUCAAAGCGCCACUGGACAUCCCCAUACCCGACCCACCUGCCUCCGAUGAUGAGGACAUGGAGAACAACGAAGAAGAAAAGAAGAAGAAAAAGCCCAAAUGCGGCUUCAUCAAGUCCCACGAGAUGAUCGUGACGCUGGUGGGCAAGUUGAAACCCGAGAUCGUCAGCCUGCGAGAGACAAUCAUCAGCGUCACGUCCUGGAUUCAGCACCUCAUCCCCAAAAUUGAAGACGGGAAUGACUUUGGCGUCGCCGUUCAGGAGAAAAUCUUAGAGAGAAUUGCUGCAGUAAAGACAAAAGUUGACGGCUUCCAGGGGAACAUCAACAAGUACUUCCUUGAGAGGGGAGACGCCGUGGCCAAAGCUUCCAAAGACACUCACGUGAUGGACUACCGCUCGCUGGUCCACGAGAAGGAUGUGGCCGUCUACUCCGACAUCAGAAUGAUCGUCCUGGACUUGCGCAGCUUUUACGUGGAACUCUACGACAUGAUCAGCAAGAACAUGGAGAAGGUGACCAACCCCAAAGGAGAGGAGAAGCCGUCCAUGUACUGAAACAGCCAAAACGCAAUCAAUUAAGUUUUUAACCUCAUGUCAGCUAAAUCGGCUUAAAACUUGAGUAUCAAUAAAACGUUCUUUUUGUCUGA